UACCGCCACGGUCAAACUGACAAAUGGGGAAGACUACAAUUUCCUUCGGGCAUGAAACGCAGCACAGUCCAAUGUCUUCCAGUCCUCAUGGUAGUGUGAAGUGAUCUAUGCAGUCGAACAUGCAGUUAGGCAAUACGCCGACUGCACCCACCACAAAGAGAGGACGCAUUUUGUCGUCUAAAGGAUUUAAGACUACAUGACAAAAUUUGUCCAAGUCUAAACAUGCCGGAUUCUGCAUCAAAUGAACCGGGUGUGAGGGUGUCCGACCCACAACACUCCCAAAAACUCCUGAGAGUUCUUCGUGCCUUCUGGCAAGAGCAAAGCUUCCACGAUGCUGUGCUGGUCGUGGAUGGUGAGGAGCUUCCUGUCCAGAAAAAUAUUUUGGCGGCAGCCAGCCCUUAUGUUAGGACCAAGCUCAACUACAAUCCUCCAAAAGAAGAUGGCUCAACAUACAGGAUUGAGCUACAGGGAGUCUCCAUGUCUAUUAUGAAACAGAUACUGGACUACAUCUUCAGUGGUGAAAUCACAUUGAGUGAAGGGACCAUUCAGGACAUGGUGCAGGCAUCCGACCUACUCCUCAUGACCGACCUCAAAUUGCUGUGCUGCCAGUUCCUGGAGAGCUGCAUCACCGCAGAGAACUGUAUCGGCAUCCGUCUCUUCUCCCUGCACUACUGCUUGCACCACGUCCACUAUGCUGCCACCGAAUACCUGCACACGCAUUUCCGAGACGUGGUGCUCACAGAGGAGUUCAGGGAGAUGCCUCACAGCCGACUCUGUGAGCUGCUGGCUGAGGAAAAGCUAAACGUUGGCAAUGAGAAGCAUGUGCUGGAGGCCGUGGUGCGAUGGCUGGCACAUGACCCGGAAGCUCGCAGGGUGCACAUGAGAGAAGUAAUGUCUGCUGUAUGGCUGCAAGGUCUGGAUGCGAGCUACCUGAGAGAGCAGGCAAUGGGGGAACCGCUGAUGAGGGAAGUGAUCAGAGAGCACUGUCAGCCAGUGCUAGCAGAGAGCCAGCUGCAAGGCGAAGCUCUCCUCGCUGCGUUCAAGCCCCGUGGUUACUCUGAGUGUAUUGUUAUUGUAGGGGGAGAGGAUCGUAGGACCAGAAAACCCACAGCUCUGACUCGCUGCAUGUGUCCACUCUAUGACACCAACCGGCAAGCCUGGAUUGAACUUCAGCCAAUGAGCAUUGCUCGUGUGGGACAUGGAGCGGUUGCAGCUGAGGGAUUUCUGUUCGUAGUGGGUGGAACCGACGAGAACAAGACAGUCCUGAACACAGGCGAGAAGUACGACCCUGAGUCUAACACAUGGAGCCCUAUACCCACAAUGCUACAGGCUCGCCAGAACUUUGGUCUCGUGGAGCUGGAUGGUCUGAUUUACGUUCUUGGAGGAGAAAAUGAAGAAACCGAGCUCACCACAGUCGAAGUGUUCGACCCUCACGUCAACACCUGGAAGAUGCAGACCAGUUUGACCAUGAUUCGGAAGGUGGGUUGUUAUGCCUCCAUGAAUAAGAAGAUCUAUGCCAUGGGUGGAGGUUCCUAUGGGAAACUGUUUGAUUCGGUCGAAUGCUUUGACACCAAAACCCAGCAGUGGACAGGCCUUUGUCCUCUCAAGGAGAGAAGGUUUGGUUCAGUGGCCUGUGGUGUUGGUAAGGAGCUCUACGUGUUUGGUGGAGUGAGAAGUCAAGAGAACGACAACCCAGGACAACGUCAUAUGAUGACCUGCAAGUCAGAGUUUUACCAUGAUGAAAUGAGGAGGUGGAUGUUCCUCGAUGACCAAACCUUGUGUAUUCAGACGAGCUCAUCAUUUGUCUACGGUGCUGUUCCCAUCGGAGCCAGCAUCUACGUAGUAGGAGACUUGGACACGGGUGCAAGUUUCGACUACAUUCGUGAGUUCCGCCGCAGCACAGGGACCUGGCAUCGCACCAAGCCAAUGUUAGCCAGUGACCUCUCCAAAACAACGUGUGCAGCCCUGCGCAUCGCCAACUGCCGACUGUUCCGCCUUCAGCUGAGCCAAGGCAUGUUUCGAAUCAGAGUCUGAAUUCAGGACGGCCACAGAAGCUGCUUCUUCACUUUUGCACACCGGUACUUUCUACUCAUCUAUGGUUUGGUUUUAGUCAAUUUAGGAACACUGAAAUACAGUAUUUAAGUCGUUAGGUAUGUGGCUUUUUACUCUUUAUUUUAGGGAGACCAUGUGACUGUGGGGCAGAAUGACGAUCACACUGUUAUUUUUUGUAGGGUGAUAUUUAAUUGAAUGCUUCUUUUCUUUUCUUUUUUACCUGUGCCUGUUAGGGAACCCUGGACAAUAUACUGACUGCAGGCAAUAAGAUGCACACCCAUAGGGGAAUUGAUCAAAUUUUUACAGGCUGUUAAUGUUGUGCAAUGGACCAUAAUCAUUUGGAAAUUAACGUGGAACAAAAAAAAACAAACACUUGUAACAUUUUCCGCUCACAGCUUCUUUUUUGUAUUGGCCCUCGGCAUAUU